AUGAUCAGCAAUAACCCUGCUGGCGUGCUAGAGUUGGUCGACGGGAUAAUAGACGAUGAUCGUACAAGUCUCCGCGAAUCCAUACUCAACUACCGCGUGGAGAACGGGAGAACAUAUCAUCGGUAUAAAGAUGGCAAAUACACCAAGCCAAACGAUGAGCGGGAGAUGGAAAGAUUAGAGUUAGAAAACGAGCUAUGGCUUAUAUCCCUUGACUUCACCUGCGGCGUCGCCCCGCCGUGCAGGAUGGAUAACCAGACUGCGUGCGGCAGGGUGCUCGACGUCGGUACCGGCAGCGGUAUUUGGGCCGUCAGCUUUGCGGACGACCAUCCAGAGGCGGAGGUCAUCGGCAUCGAUCUCUCGCCGCCACUCUGCGACUAUGUACCGCCUAAUCUCAAAUUCGAGAUUGACGAUCUCGAAGAGGAGUGGACCUGGUCACGACCAUUCAACUAUAUCCACAGCCGCGUCAUGACGGGCGCCAUCGACGAUUGGGACCUCCACCUCCGCAGAUGUUACGACAACCUCGAACCAGGCGGCUGGAUAGAACUCCAAGAACUAGACGUCCACGUAACCUCAGACGACGGUACCCUGACCCCCCACCACGCCCUCGCACUGCUCGGCAGGCCCUACAUUGACCCGCGCGCCCUCGCCGCCGCGGGCUUCGUCGACGUCUCGGUCACGACCUUCAAAUGGCCGCUCAACGAGUGGCCCAAGAGCGCGAAGCACAAGCAGCUCGGCCGGAUCCAGCUCGAGAACGGGACGACGGGCAUGGAGGCCUUUACGAUGGCGGCGUUUACGCGCGCGUUCAAGUAG